CAGCGCGGGGCGGCGCGGUGCCUGCGGCCGCCGCUGCCGCUGGCCGGAGGCGCCCGGGCGGGGGGCGAAGCGGCUCCGCGGAGAGACGCCGGGGCCGGGAGGCUCCCGUUGGGCGGCGGGGGUGGGGGAGCCGUCUCCGCUGCCCUCCCGCCCCUCAUAAAGCUUUGAUGAGAUACUUGAGCCGCCGCCUGUGUUGCUGGGGCGGCGGGAGGCGGCCGGUGGGACUGGGCGCCCGGGAGAGGAUGUGACUUCCCGGAGGGGACCCGGACAGGCUUUGUGUGGACGACGAGUUCCACCAAGUGAGAAGAGUGAUGACCAUCCUUUUCCUUACUAUGGUUAUCUCAUACUUCAGUUGCAUGAAAGCUGCCCCGAUGAAAGAAGCUAGUGUGAGAGGACAAGGCAGCUUGGCUUACCCAGGUCUUCGGACCCACGGGACUCUUGAGAGCCUAAAUGGGCCCAAUGCUGGUUCAAGAGGACUGACAUCGCUGGCGGACACUUUUGAACAUGUCAUAGAGGAGCUUCUAGAUGAGGACCAGGACAUCCAGCCCAGCGAGGAAAACAAGGAUGCAGAUUUGUACACAUCCCGAGUCAUGCUAAGCAGUCAAGUGCCUUUGGAACCCCCACUGCUCUUUCUCCUCGAGGAGUACAAAAACUACUUGGAUGCUGCAAACAUGUCCAUGAGGGUCCGGCGCCACUCUGACCCAGCUCGCCGCGGGGAACUGAGCGUAUGUGACAGCACGAGCGAGUGGGUGACGGCGGCAGAGAAAAAGACUGCAGUGGACAUGUCCGGGGCGACUGUCACAGUCCUGGAAAAAGUCCCGGUACCCAAAGGCCAACUGAAGCAAUACUUCUAUGAGACCAAAUGCAACCCCAAGGGGUACACAAAGGAGGGCUGCAGGGGCAUAGACAAGAGGCACUGGAACUCCCAGUGCCGAACUACCCAGUCUUACGUGAGAGCUCUCACCAUGGAUAGUAAAAAGAGAGUUGGCUGGCGCUUUAUAAGGAUAGACACUUCCUGUGUAUGUACAUUAACCAUUAAAAGGGGAAGAUAGUGGAUUCGUGUUACAUAGAUUAUAUUGAGACAAGAUUAUCUAUUUGUAUAUAUACAUAACAGGGUAAAUUAUUCAGUAAAAAAUAAUUUUAUGGACUGCAUGUAUAACUGAAGUUUAUACAGUACAGUGGUUCCACAAUCUAUUUAUUGAACAUAUCCAUGACCUGAAGGGGAACAAAAAGUCAUUUGCGCACAAGUUUAAAAAAAAAAAAAAAGGGAAAAAAAAAAAAGAAAAACAAGCAAACAAAAAAGUCUGCAUUACAUUCCUCGAUAACAUUGUGGUUUGUCGCCGUUGCCAAGAAUUGAAAAUAUAAAAAGUUUAAAAAAAAAAAAAGAAUAAAAUUGCAUGCUGCUUCAAUUGUGAAUUGAUGAUAAACUGUCCUCUUUCAGAAAAAUAAAUUGAACCAAAACAUUCCGUUUACAUUUUAGACAGUAAGUAUCUUUAUUCCUGUUAGUAUUAUAUCUGUUUACUGCUUUUAACUUCUGAUAGCGUUGGAAUUAAAACAAUGUCAAGGUGCUGUUGUCAUAGUUUUACUGUUUCUCUUUUACUUUUGAACUCCCAUCAGAUUGAAAAAGAAAAAAAAAAUCAUUACCUUAUUCUGGAUUAAAAACAAAUUUGUUUUUUUGUAUGUUGUGAAGGUGUUUGCAAUAGCAAUCCAACUACUGACAAAAAAUAAUAAAAAAAAAAAAAGAGGCAACUGAAAAAGAAUGGUGAUGUUCCACUUCACAUUGUUGAACUUCAGGCUUAAAGACAGCACUUAUUUAACCGUAUGGCAACAUGCUCUUUUGUGUUAUUUUUUUUUUAUUAUUAUUAUUUUUUUAUUUGCUGUCUUUUGAGACCUGCAUUUGCUUAUACCAUGUUUGUUUGUGUUUGGGGUUUUAUUUUCCCUUUCCUCCCUCUGGAAGGCUGUUGGUUGUGAUCUUUGAAGUGUUUCACUUACCAUACAACUGUAGCUUGUCAUAUAGAAAAUAUUCUAUAGAGUGUUGAGAGCGAUGAUUUUAAUGUAAUAAAAGACACUGUGCUUGGAAAAAUGUCUUGGUGAAGCACAACAGGAAUGUCACUAGAAAAAGUGUCUGGAAAGAUGCUAGUGGGUCUGCAAUCAGGUUUGUCAUGGGCCCGGGUAGCUCAGCCAAUUCAGGGACAGAUAGCAGUGUUUUGGGUUGACGGAGACUAUCCAAAUCAUAGUCGGCACCAAACGUGGUCCUGUGCAGCGUGAGAGAGAGUAAGAGCUUUGCCUUGUACCCUGAUGCCUGUGCCCUCCAGAGCACGUCUGGCAGCCCCAGGCCUGCAAAGUGUGGUGGGCAAACCGCGGCGGCAUCCCUGCCCCCGGGAGCCCUGCGCCAUCGCUGGGGAAGGAGGCAGAAGGAUGCCCUGCCUCUACCUGAAAGCAAUUAGCAUCUAUGUCCAUGUGGCUCUACCUCUGCUGUCAGCUUUAUUUUAUGAAACAAAUACUGGCAAAAAAAAAAAAAAAUACCCUUGAAGCAUAGAACAAGUGCUGGAGUAGCUGGCUUAGCCUUGCUGAGGUUCCGAUAGAUGUAUUUAGCCCCGUGCUACCCCUCUAACUCUCCCGACAGAAGUAUUUCUAAAAAGGCAGGUUGUAAGCCUGAGCGCUGUGUGUAGCACUUGCACUGACUACAGUGGGCAGAGAGGCAGAAAUAGCUCAUUAGUGAGCUCACUGAAGGCAGAUGCUAUAUUUGUAAUUCCUGGAGAGGAAGAAAAGUAGCUGAACGAAGAGGAAAAUACUGCAAAAUGUAACUGCUCCUGAGUGCUGCAGAAUCUGCAUUAGUCUGCCUUGCUGUUGAAGUUAAUUAAAAACCUGGAUUGGGCAAAGCUUGUUUGAAAUAUGAUCCGCCAUGAUAAUUCUCUUUGAAGAGCAGAUUUAACACUGAAUUUGUGUCAUGACUAGUAGAAAUGUAUGGUGGAAGCGAACAGAGACACAUUCAAAAUCAGUGAUUUCUUCUAUGUAGGGUAGAAGGGCUUCCCCUUCCCCAGGAUAACUGACUGUCAAAGGAGAACCUUCCCAGCUGUACAAUGAGACACUUUUGCACAGAAGAGAGGGUUGUGUGACCCACCUGAACUUCAAGCUUCCGCCUUCCCAAUCAAUUGCAGAUAUUCAGGCUCCCACAUAGAAAUCGGAAAUGGAAAAAAAAAAAUUACUGAAAUGUCUCAAAACUUCAACUGAAGCGUUCUUCACGCAAAUUAAAUAUUGGUGUGGUGGAGAAUUUCAUUCCACUGCGGCCAGUACCUGGAUGUGUAUUAUAAUUCUUUACGUUUAAUAACCCAAACUUGGCUCGGGAGCUUUUCUCAGCAAUAUUCCUCAACUACAGCAGAGAGGUGGUGUGGUGGUGGCUCCACUCAAAACCAGGGCGGGUUGCUUAGGAGGGGGAAAGGAUUACGCCAAGCAGUGAAUAACAAACAGAUCACUCAUCUAGACUGGAAACACGAAUUGAUAGCUGGGACGUGACAGUAAUCUAAUUCAGAUACAGGAACAAAAUAAUUCCCAGUUCAAAUAAAUUGAAUUUCCAAAAGAGAAGUGUUAAUGCAUAAAUCACGCUAGAAAUAAAGUUCCUCGUUUCCCAAAGUUAACGACGGUUAUUUCCUUACCUCGGAAACCCUCGCCUGGCAUAGGUAAAGGAGCCGCUGGUGUGGCGGCGUUAGACCAGUGGGCUGGCAGGUCAGAGGGGUAAAGGGCAGACUGUGGCGGCGGCGGGGGGAGUAAGGGAUGGAGCUGAUUCCCAAGGGAAGAACCGUGUCCUGGAACUCCAUCUGGAGUGAUGCUCCCCAUAAUGCGCCAGUUCUGUGCCUAUCGAUACAACGUGAAACCGGCAAUUAAACCGCAGUCCCACGGCUCUCACCUGCCUCACCUCGUACAGCCAGGAGCACAGGCUUAUCGGUUUCAAUUAAAACAGAGA